UGUACAUGUCGAUGGAUUUUACCCUCUCUGUUUUUUUUACCCGGUGAGAUAAAUAUGACAACACUUGCCCUUCUUCUGACUCCACCCAUCCCGCACUCAGGUUGUUUAUAUUGUGCGCUGAACUCCGCCCCGGCAGCACCUCCAGCUGAUGCCUAGCUUGUGCGUGCAUGUUUGGGAUUGUUGUGAAGGGAGUCCACGGCCAUCUUGGAUGAGCGGCGCUCCGCACGGACGACAUCAACGCAAGCUAACGCUAGCUGCUCAACCAGAUUAACCACAAUCUGUGGCGCUGUCCAGUGAGACUAUGCUCUAUUUAUGUCGGUUUAUUUGGUUAGUCGACGGUUAAAGUUCAUGAAUGUGGGUAUAAAUUGUGCAAAGUGUCUGCCGUAGUAGAUUAGUUGAGGGCGGAGGCGUUGCAGGUCCACGGUAUAUUUUUAAAUUUCUCAAUAAAGGAGUUACUAUGAAUGGAGGAUAAAUGUUGCCGAAGGCUGACAGCAGCAGUUUCGUCCUCUUCUCUCUUCUCUUCGUCCUCACGUCAACGGACCCACCACAGACAGGUCCGAAGCUAGCUCUGGCAAGAUUAUUGUCAGAGCAGCGCUGCAGCCCCGGGCAGUUCGCCUGCCGCAGUGGGCAGAUGCAGUGUAUCCCCAUGUCCUGGAGGUGUGACGGAUGGACAGCAUGUGAGGACAAAAGUGACGAGAAGGACUGCACCUCUAUAAAGGAGGAGAGGUUUCGCUUUGGGACCGGAUACGAUCAGGUCGAAGAUGUCAUCGGCGUGGCUCAGCCCGUGCGCUUCAACAAAAAGUGUCCGAGCGGGUGGCACCACUACGAGAAGACGGCCAGCUGCUACAAAGUCUACCUGAGGAACGAGGACUACUGGCAGGCUGUGGACACGUGUCAGAAGGUCAACGGCUCCUUGGCUACAUUUGUGACCAACGAGGAGCUGCAGUUCAUUCUGAAGAUCGACGUGGAUUUUGAUGAGAACGUCUGUGAGCGCAGAGAGCAGUGCAAGUUUUGGGUUGGUUAUCAGUAUGUGAUCACCAAUCAGAGUCACACCCUGGAAGGACGCUGGGAAGUGGCCUACAAAGGAUCCAUGCAGGUGUUUCUGCCGCCUGAAGGUCUGGCAAAGAUCGGAGAGCCAUCUCCCUCCCAGGACAACGUUUUCUGCGCUCAGCUGCAGCGUUUUCAGAUCAAGACCAUGAAUGAACGGGGUCUUCACAGCUGGCAUGCUGAGAACUGCUACAAAAAGUUCCCCUUCCUGUGCAAAAGGAGACAAACCUGCGUGGACAUAAAGGACAACGUAGUGAACGAGGGCUACUAUUUCACCCCUAAAGGAGACGACCCGUGCCUGAGCUGCACGUGUCACGACGGAGAGCCAGAGAUGUGUGUGGCGGCGCUGUGUGAGCGGCCGCAGGGCUGCCAGCACUUCCGAAAGGACCCCAAAGAGUGCUGCAAGUUCACCUGCCUGGAUCCAGAUGGAAACAGUCUGUUUGACUCCAUGGCGAGCGGGAUGAGACUGAUUGUCAGCUGCAUCUCAUCCUUCCUCAUCCUCUCUCUGCUGCUCUUUAUGGUGCACAGGCUCCGUCAGAGGAGACGUGAGCGCAUCGAGACGCUGAUUGGAGGAAACUUGCAUCACUUUAACCUUGGAAGGCGAGUCCCGGGCUUUGACUACGGCCCGGACGUCUUCGGCACAGGCCUCACCCCUCUGCAUUUGUCUGAUGAUGGAGAAGGAGGAGCUUUUCAUUUCCAGGAGCCUCCUCCCCCCUACGCUGCCUACAAAUACCCCGACAUCCAGCACCCAGACGACCCCCCUCCUCCGUACGAAGCCUCCAUCAACCCAGACAGCCUUCACUAUGUGGACUUUGGACACAACGGCGUUUCCAUGGUGCCGAGCCAGGUGAACACCAUGGGAGACCACAGGCUCCAGGUCGAUAUUCCCAGCGCUCCCGGGCCUGUGCAAGUUUCAAUGCCGUCUUCUCAGGAGAGGGAGGACUCCAUAGACAGCAGCACCCUCCUGGUGGGGCCUGACACACCCACAGACGGCCACGCCCCCACCCCUAUCUCCGCGGACUGCACCUCCUCUCUCAGCACGGUGGUAUAGGAGCGUGAGCGGACGUUUCUGACUCAACGUUUGUACAGACACCUCAAAACGUGGAGCAGCUGUUUUUUUUUUGUUUUUUUUUUCCUCCAGAUAAAAUAUUUUUUUGAAUAGAAACUGAAAUCUUUGGGAUAAAAGAUGACAUUCUGUACAGAGGGGGAAAAAACUCCCUAAUCAGGCUGAAACUUUGAUUUUUUUUUAUUUUUCUUUUUAGUUUUUUGUGCUGACUUUAAAAAAAAAGCUGAGAACUUGCUUAACUGGAUGAAGAACCCUGCUAUAAAUGUUUCCUGAGGUUAGAACAUUAUUGCCCACGUGCGUUGGUCCAACACGGCGAAGAAGCACAGCGAACCCGGCUUUUGUUGCUCGUGCGCUUUCUGUUAGCAUCACGCUUUGAAACCGAUGCGUCUGUACUGACCUCCAGGCUUCAGUAACAUCCCGACUCUUUACCGCUGCACGACCCUGAUCUGGGUUUCUUUUUGCUCAUGAAAACCUCCUCAGCCUCUCACUUUUGCGAUCCGACACACAAAGCUGUCUUCCACAUUUCUAGCUCAUAUCUGAAAAAGAAAAGUUCAGAGGUUAACCUUGCCAGAAGGAGUGUGUGUUCUGCUGUUUUGGGGGGUUUUAUCAGGUGACGCUGACAGAGUUUUAGGUAUCAGACAGCUGUGGAGCUGAUUCUGAGUUUGGUUUUGUGUUCUCUUUGAUCAUGCGUGACUGGGUUGUGGGAUAGAUGUAGGCUGAUUUGGAUCAAAGAAGAGUUGAAGACUUUUUAAGUGUGUUAAGUUUCCUCUUUAAAUUUAAAAAUAUAAAUAUGAAUUUGUUUUAAACGACUGAAUCGAGUCACGUGUUACGGUUUCAUUCACAGGGAGGAUGUACAGGCCUGAAGUGUGUGGAGCUCGGUUUAUCAUCUUGUUUUCACUCUUCGGUAAAAUCCUCCUUUAGCUUUGAUGGCUUGAUUCUUUGUCUCGUUUUAAAAGAAUUGUGUUUAGAAAAAAAAAGUUCACAUAAGUCGUUUGUUUGGAAGCAAAAAGAUGACAAUCGUCUGAUUUAUGUGACGGAUUUUACAAAGCUAGAAGUAGUUUCUGGGCCGGUGAGGCUCCACCACCAGCAUCCAAACCCCUGCUCAUUACCACCCCCCACCCCCCAAAAAAAAGAAAAACGCUGUAAAUGUGUGUCACUGCACAUUUCAUGUUUGAAUGUACUGAAUGUAAAAUACAUGAUUCUUUGUGCUCACCUUUAAGCUCAUUUCCUUCAUUUUUAAAAAUCUCUUCGCUUUGACAAUCCACUGCUUUCAUAGGCUUGUUUGGAGCGUGCACGUGGGAUUCAGACUCCUCUGCUAUAUGGGGCAUGUGUCUAAGUUCUAGCAUGCUUAACGAUCCCACUUUUUCAUUUCAUUUUCUUUUAAUAUUUUUAUUUCCGGAUGGACUUUUAGCUCAACAGUAGGCCAAAUCUGCUGAUAUAAACGCCACGCUUCACCUGAACAGCUCCGUUUACACUGUAGUUUCUGUGCUUGAAAACAGUUAAAGGGGGGUGAAAUGUUUUAUGUGUAAUACAACUAAUGCUACAUUUCAUUGUCUCCUAUUU